CGCGAGAUGUCCGUCUAUUAUUAUUCUCGUCAUCAUCAUUAUUGUCAUCCCCGCCCUCUCGCACGUCUGGUCUGCGCCAGCGCAUAUGUAGACUAAAAAAAGAGGCCAGCACGGGCCCAUCAGGAAGCUCAUGUUCAUAGAAAUCUAGAGAAUAACAAGGUCAAAGAUUCCAAGACUACCUCUCAAGAUCAGAAUCAGCUUAUCCAUGCAAGCAUUCAACCUUCAACAUCGGGUAAAUCGGUAAAGAAGCCUGUGCCACAUCCUAUGCAAGUAGACGUAUCUGCUGAUAAACUUGGCAAGAAGAAAAAGCUUAUUCCUAAGAUCAUUGUGACUGGGCCCUCCGAGGAACUGCUGUUGAACAGCUUUACUGAUGAAAUCCCUGACACAAAAACCAUUCGGGAUACUGAAGACUACGGUGCAUAUAAUGUGCAUACAAAGCCCAGCACAGUAGAUGCUUAUAAAAACAACAGAGAUCAAUGAGUGUACACACCGAAGAGUCAAGAGCGCUCAAGGUGAUGGAGACCAUAAAGGGAAGCUAGGAGCCCAGUCCUGGACCCCCCCUCUAAAUAAAUGGGAAUCCACCACCAAAAUGAAUCUGUUCAUGGUUUCACUUUCCCCCCAACCUCCCACAUUUGGAGGUGGAGGAAGAGGAGGAGGAGGGGCAAAACUUAGCAAAAUGUAAAUUAGGAAGCUGGUGGAUGUUCACUUCCAAAUAAAUAUGUUUGGUAAAUGUCUUAA